AUGAGCUUUAAAUCAAAACCUAGUGGUGCAGAGUUUAGAAAAAGGCGCGAAGAAAAAGAUGAGGAAAAUGAAAAAGUUAUUAAAAAAGUUUCUAACAGUUCCAACGCCGAAGAACUUGCUUUUGAACCCGAUCUUGUACCAGAACUUCAAAAUAAAUCUGCUGAUGCUGAAGACGGAGUUCAUGUAGAACGUGGUAGAGGUAGUGCAGACUUCUUCAGUUCAGACCCGGCUUUAUGGGACAUAAGUGAUGAACUAAGAGUUUAUAUUUGUGCCCAAAGUAGUGUAGAGCAAAAUUGUGACUCCGAUUUUAAUGAAUCCGUAGACCAACACGCCUCGAAUAUGUCAGGCAUUUACUCUGGAGUUCAAGCUCGUAUCAAACAGCUUAGUCCUAUGGCGGAGUAUGUACCUGCGCAUUCUUUAAACCUAAUAGGCUCGUGUGCAGCUGAGUCAUGCAACUUUUUUAGCGCUUCACCACAUAGAUGGACUAUUUUGACGAGAAACUGUGCAUUAAAGUUGCAAAACCUUUCAAAGACUCGGUGGUCUGCUCGUCACAACACCUGCCGAGCUGUUAAUGAAAGCAGAGAAGUAAUUUUAAAAAGUUUAGAUGAAAUUACUAGUGACUGUGACGAGAGGCACUCCACAAGAAAUGAAGCCAGGAUUAUAAAUAAAAAGCGAAGUUCCCUUGAGACAACCAUUAUGGCAGCACAGUGGGACUCAAUUCUGGAAAGGUUUAACAAAGUAAAUGUAAAGCUGCAGUACGAAACCACAGAGCUAGGAAAAAUAGUUGCCUAUUACGACUCUUUGUGUAGUUUUCUUCAAGAAAAAAGUGAGUGUAAAUAUUCUGAUCUUCACAAUAGAGAACUAUUGAGUGCGUAUCCCGAAGAUCUUGAGCCUGUUGUUGUGGACGAGUGUUUACAUUUAAAAGUAUUUUUGUUGAAAAACACUGAAAAUGAAAAUAUCAGAAUGAGUAUGAUUGAAAUUAGCAAGGUUUUGUAUAAUUUUGACAUGGCAGAUGUCUACCCUAACUUUGCCAUUGCGUUAAGAAUGGUUCUUAGUGCUUCAGCCACUAACUGUUCAGCAGAAAGAUCCUUUUCCACCCUUCGUCGUGUGAAGAACUACCUAAGAUCCACAACUAGCCACGACAGAUUGAUAUCACUAGCCCUGUUCGCCAUCGAGGGAAGACUGACUCAAUCGAUUUCCUAUGAUGACAUCAUAGACAAAUUUGCUCGAAAGAAAGCAAGAAGGAAGGCUUUAUAG